AUGGCCAGACCGCAGAACUGCCCCCCGCUGUGCCUGCCCGAAAUGCGGCUCGUGGAUCGUUGGCGGAAGUGCCAGAAGGGCGGGAUGUCUCUGCCCCUUGAUCAGAUGGGGAGUGAUGCCCACGGUGACGGUACCGACGAGGGAUGGAGAGACAGGCUCCGAGACAGCCGCGAAAAUGAGAUGCAGAGGGUCAAUGCAGGCCAUGACUUGAUUCCGAAUGCGAUUGUCGCUUAUUGGGCCGGGACUUGUAGAAGUUACAUCGAGGGGCCGCUGGAAGAGGCGCCACAAGGUACCGAGCCGUUUGCCAUGAGCUGA